GAGAAUUCUUCCGGUCUCAUGCGGAGCCAAUAAAAACAUUCCAAGCCUCCCCUAACACGCGAAGCUGUAUUACCCGUUUGCCCACCCCUCAGGCCCUAACCUCAACUGAGUCGUCAAGAACUGGACGGAACUUUCCCUCCCUGUCUUCCUCGCUCAGUCGAUGUGAGCAGCGCUGGCUUGUUUGUUGCUUCUUCAACCUCUUGACGAAGAGCUCCACGUUGCAGCAUAUGCUGUUAAGUGAUAUGCCAAUUUUGUGCAUCGUCCAUGCACCCUUCUAUAUGUGACUCGUAUGCCUAGCCACUCUACAAGAGCCGCAGUGAUUUGAGGGCAUCACCGGCUUGGUUUCAUCAGGAAAUGCAACUUUCGACUCAACAGACCCCUAUAAGUUCAUGUACUGCCGGACUGUCUUCAGAUAACUUGGCUAUGUCUGCUGCCCCUCAUUCCAGUGCAAACACUAAUUCAAAUAAUGGAACAAGUACGUCAAUAGAUUCAUCUGGAGACAAUGCUCGGCAAAAAGCUACUGGCCCACUAGGAUAUGGCGUCACUCGACCUCCGAUAUCAUACGCCAUGAUUUCAGGCCCACAGAUUUCUGCGGCACCACUCCAACCACCUGUGCCCGGAAGUUCUUUGUUUUCAUAUAACAUAUCUCAUCCAACAACAGUAUUUUCUGGUGGUUCACAAUUUUCAACCAGCAUGGAUUCUCUGUCUGGGAUUAAACAGGAAACAGGGAUAUCUUUUGCUGCUCAGUCUGUUCCCCAGCAAGCUAGUCCUAGUUUUCCUACAUCUAAUGCUGCCACUCAAAUGAUGAAGAUGCAUCCUGCACCAUCUUUUUAUAUGCCUCCCGGAGUCCCUAAAUCUCCUGCAACACCUGGUCCUCCUGGAAUAGGUUCAGCUAUACCUUUUCCGUCUGGAGAUUCUUCUCCAUCUCUGAGGCCCUUUGUGCCACAUCCUCCUUUUCUGUGUAAUCCACCCAUUCAUCAGCAAGCAUAUACUCCAUAUAGCUCUGUGUCUGCUAUGCAAAUCCCUCAUCAGGGACCAUGGUUGAAUGCACCUGUUGGUGGAUUGGUAAGACCACCAUUGUCACAAUAUCCCGCUACCAUAACUGGCCCCUUUCCUACGAUAGCUGGUACUACCUUGCAUUCUCCUGCUACAUUUCCUGAAACUCAACCCCCUGGUGUUUCAACAAUGGCAGCUCCACAUGGACCUUCUCCAUCUACAACCUCAGCUCCCCAGUCAAUACCAGGUUCAGGGAUGCAGGCAGAGUUACCUCCUGGAGUUGGUCUGCACAAAAUUCAUAUGGCAAUAAACCUGAAAAUGGUGUUGGGACAAGAGAUGUAGGUGCAAGCACUAAAGCAGUUGAUGCUUGGACAGCUCAUCGGACAGAUACAGGAGCUGUAUACUAUUACCAUGCAUUAUCAGGAGUGUCUACUUAUGAGAAACCUGCCGGGUUUAAAGUAGAGUCUGACCAAGUAAAAGCGCAACCAACUCCAGUUUCAUGGGAAAAGUUGUCUGGUACAGAGUGGGCCUUGGUCACUACUAAUGAUGCCAAAAAAUAUUACUACAACACUAAAACUAAGUCAAGUAGCUGGCAAAUUCCCAGCGAGUUGGCAGAGCCAAAACAGAGGCAAGAUUCUGAUGCCUUGAAAGCGCAAACAGUGUCCAUGGCAAACACUCACUUGCAACCUGAAAAAGAAUAUACUCCAUUGCUUACUCCUGCAAUUAAUACCGGCAGUCGUGAUGCAACAGCUUUGAGGCCAUCAGGUGUGCUAGUAACAUCUUCAGCAUUGGAUCUCAUAAAAAAGAAGUUGCAGGAUUCUGGAUCACCUGCCACCCUUCCAACAGCCCCUGCUUUGUCAGGAGCAUCAAAUCUAGAUGGAACUAAAGCAGUUGAUUCUUCUGCCAGAGGCCUGCAAAAAGAAAAUAGCAAAGAUAAGUCAAAAGAUACUAAUGAUGAUGGCAAUAUUUCAGAAACCACUUCUGAAUCUGAAGCUGAAGAUAGUCGGCCCACCAAGGAGGAGUGCACCACUCAAUUCAAGGAGAUGCUCAAGGAACGUGGAGUAGCGCCUUUUUCAAAGUGGGAGAAAGAGCUCCCGAAGAUAGUUUUUGAUCCACGGUUUAAGGCUAUUCCAAGUUACAGUGAAAGAAAAGCUAUUUUUGAGCACUAUGUGAAGACACGUGCUGAUGAAGAGCGGAAAGAGAAGAGAGCUGCUCAAAAGGCUGCUGUUGAGGGUUUCAAGCAAUUACUGGAAGAAGCAAAGGAGGAUAUCCAUCAUAACACUGAUUACCACACGUUUAAAAAGAAAUGGGGCGAUGAUCCACGGUUUGAGGCACUGGACAGGAAAGAAAGAGACACCCUCUUCAAUGAGAGGGUGCUUUUUUUAAAAAGGAUUGCUCAAGAAAAAGCUCAAGCAGCUCGUGCAACCAUUGUAUCUGACUUUAGGUCCAUGCUUCAGGAGAAGGGAGACAUAAGUUUGAAUACUCGUUGGUCAAAGGUCAGAGACAGUAUAAGAAAUGACCCGCGAUACAAGGCUGUCAAGCACGAGGACAGGGAGGCUUUAUUUAAUGAGUAUCUUUCUGAGCUAAAGAUGGCUGAAGAAGAGAUAUCACGAGUAGCAAAGUCAAAGAAUGAUGAGGAGGAAAAAUUAAAGGAAAGAGAGCGAGCUUUGCGGAAACGAAAAGAAAGAGAGGAACAAGAAGUCGAGAGGGUACGGCUGAAAACUUGUAGAAAGGAAGCGGUUGAGUCUUAUCAGGCUUUGCUGGUUGAAACCAUUAAAGAUCCUCAGGCAUCUUGGUCCGAGUCAAAAACAAAAUUAGAGAAGGAUCCUCAAGGGCGUGCAGCUAAUCCUCAUUUGGAUCAAUCUGACUUGGAAAAACUCUUCCGGGAACAUGUUCAGACCUUGUAUGAGCGGUGUGCCCAUGACUUCCGGGUCCUCUUGGUUUCUCUUAUAACUGCCGAAGCUGCUUCUCAACACGGCUCAGAAGACGGAAAAACAGUGCUUACCUCCUGGUCAUCAGCAAAGGUACUUCUCAAAGCUGAUCCUAGGUAUGCUAAGGUGCCUAGAAAAGACAGGGAAUCCCUGUGGCGAAGACACGUUGAUGAUAUCCAGAGGAGGUUAAAGUUGGGAAAUGAACAAGAUGCUGACAAGUCAUCAAGGAAUAGAAGUCCGGGUGACUCUCUGAAUUUUUCAGGUGGAUCUAGGAGAACUGAGAGAAGAUAAGAUAGUUUUUUGGCUGACAAGAUGAAUUUAAGUUUGUAAACUAAGAGGUUGAAGAGUGGUGUACUAUUCUUGAGUUUGUAGUUUAAUUUAUUAAUCACGGGUGACUGGGUGAGUAAGCAUCCAUGCGUAAUAUUUUCUCGGAUGAAUGCAAGCCCCUUUAUAUUUUCCGGGAUUAGUGAUGACCCCCUAAGUUCAACUCUUCUGUUCCUUCCCAUUGUCACGACCCUAAUAAUAUACAUAGAAGAUUUGUUCUUAUCCCGCCCCCGCCCCGUUCUCUGUAGCUUCUUCAAUAAGGGCGUGUUCAUACUUCAGAAAACAGUGCCUUGAGACUCAAGGCUUGAGUAAACGUUAGUGGAUUUGAUUACAUUUUAAGGAUUUUUCUUGGUCAAAGACUCAAAA